AGCGCGCGGCGGGAGUAGAGGCGGUGAAUGGUCGUUUGGUCGUUUGGUCGUUUGAAUCUCAGAUUCUCUGCGCCCCUGGACCCGAGGAUCAAUGGGCCAUUUAAACCUUUUCUUCAGACUCCUCCCCCGCCAGGAUUAGAGGAUCAGAUGGGGGUUUAGUCCUCUAGCUCAGAGUUCCCCCUCCCGUUUACUCCACACCGCUAAUACCCCCACCGCUCCCUCCCUGAAUUUAGCAAACUUGUCAUUUCUUUGCCACGGUGCAGCUCCUUGCUCUGGGGCGAGUCAGUGUCUCGGAAUUUAACAACCUUGGAACAGGAGCUAUUGCAGAAAGGUCGCAUUCCAACUGUGAGACGAGGAAAUCUUCAGCUUGGUCAUUAAAUCAGAAGGUUUAUUGAAGACUGCUGCAUCUUUUGGAUAUAACUGGGAAACUUAAGAAGAUAUUGAAUGACACAUGGUCAAACCACUAUGAUAAAACCUGGACUUCUAAAUUCUUUGUGCAUUCACUUUAUAACAAACAAUCCUUAUCAAAUCUGACAAUGGAUCGAUAUGUACUAUUAGCUGUUUGGAAUUAUAGAGAUGAGCAGUGUGAAGAUGAAGAGUUCGUUGAACUGACUGCCAUUAAAUGCUUUUACGAGUUCCUGAGAAAAAGCUGCCAUGCUUCAACAAGCUCAAGACUAACUACCCUUCCAGCCUGCUCAAUAACUGGAACUCCAGUCGCACAAAAAUGGUUCUGUGCAAUUCAAGCAAUCCAUGGCUUUUCACAGUUCUGUAGUACAGAUUGGGAAGAAAUUAGUUCCAACGCACAGACCACUGACUGUGAGGAAUCUGUACCAACAUUAAUACAAGAAUGCCUGAAUAAUAUAAAUGCUUGUGAAGAAGAGGACAGUGAUGUGAAAGAUUUGCCACCCUUGUCUGAGUUAUUUGAAGAGGCAGCUGAGGGUCUACAUCGACUUGCUGAUCAGCUUCCCCCUCCUGGCAAGAUGUUAUUGGAUAUAGUCUUGCUCGUCUCUGGUAGUGAUAUUCCAAGGCUGAAAGACUGGCUGCCUGUUGUGGGUGCAUUUAAGCACCUGAAGGAGUGGCAUUCAGCAGAAAUUACCAUCAGUACAAAGGAUGGCAAAUGUUGGCAGAAAAUUGCAGAGUUCCUGGGUGCAACUGUUGUAGAUCCAGAGAAGUUAGAGAAUAUGAUCGAUCCCUUGGUGUUAUGGAGAGGAAAAGUACGCAUCCAGGAGCGAAAGUUUGCGUCAGAAGUCAAGUUUCCUGGGUUCUGCUUGAGAGCCUGCACUCAAAACUCGUGGUGUCAUUUAAUAAGCUCCUGUUCAACCAUAACUUCUAGAGCAUCGAAUACAACAAGAGAGGUUUUCCAUUACUAUAAGCCAGUGUUGGAGUUUGUGCAGUUGGUGGCGCUAGCGGACCUUCCAUCUUGCUUUGUGUCUGGGAUUGAGUUUGAAUUCAGUUUAUUACACAGUGACAUCCAAGUCAAAUCAAAGCUCCUGCUGAACCAGCUUGCUUCUUUACAAGGCAUGGUCGGGGCACUUUUUAACCUCUCUUGUACAGUGAGCAGUACUGUGAUUCCUCCAGCCAACCAGUACAGUACACGGAAGUGGAAGGAAUAUAUGGCAAAGAAGCCAAAGUGCAUUAAUGUUCCAGAGAUUGAGCUGAAAGGAGAGAUUUCUGGUUAUUACCUGUUGGUCCAGAAUGAUGGCCAGGGAGGCUGCAAGGCAAGUCUGAUCCAUUCAGCUGGUCAGAUAAAUGGGGCUGCUGCUGUCGCCAUAGUGAAUGGGAUGUUGGAAAAGGCUGAAGGUAAAGAAGGAAGUGAUGCUGAAGAGAUUCUCGGGGCAAUGCCUUGCAUGACUGGUGAACAGCUUGUAAACAGAGAGAAGAAGCUGGCUCAAAUUCGAACAGUUGCUUUGAAAGAAUUUCUGAAAAUAAAGCAGCUCAAUCAAAAUUAUUCAUCCAUUCCAGUCAAUGAGCUGAAGGCCUUGUUAACUUUGGCAAGAGAACAGUAUUUUAUGCAAUUUGGCAGCAACCUGCCAUGUGUUAAUUCAGGCAGUGCAUGUCAAAACCAACAGGAAGCUGUUAAGCUUAUUGAAAGAAAUAACUCAAACCUAAGCCCCUCACAAUGGCCUGAGAGAAGUGUUAUUCAAAACUAUGAAAAUCUUGAGCGGAUCAGACAGAAAAGAAGGUCUGGCUCCAUAUUAGCAAGCUCAUCUGAGACUCUUUUGGGACUCAAGGGAGGCCAACGACCACUUCCAAUGCAGCUUGAUGCCAAGGAGCUGCUAAAGUACUUUACACCUGAGGGCUUACCCAUUGUUGAGCUCCAGCCUUUAACAAUUCAGAGAGGUGAAAAUGAGUUUGCACUGACCCCAGAGAUGACCAUACAGAAGCUGAGAGGUCUACCUUUUGAGAAGGCGACUGAAUGUCAUUACCAUGGAGUUGAGUACUGCCUAGACCACAGCAGAGCACUUGAGAAAGACAUCGGAUUUGGAAAGCUUCAGUCUCGCCUUAUCCGUUAUGAAACCAACACAACGUGCUCGAGGGAGCAUUGUCCUGUUGUUUAUAGAUUAAGCCCCCUGCCGUCUCCAGCAGUGCUGUCAGAGCCUGGAAGUGCACCAGAUGGAGAAGCUUUGCAAAGCACCACCUUGAAGAAACGUACUGAUGGAUGUGAACAGAAGCAAAGAUCUAAGAAAGUGGAAUGUCUCCAUCCAAGCAAAAGACUGGUCAAAUCCAAAAGUGUGGAAUAUCUCAAAUCUCAGAUAGCGCCACACACUUCCCAGAGGGGUGAAAGUAACAUACAUCGUGCGGCAGGUGCUCUGCGGGGACACGCACAAAGGCUUGCUGCUGCUGUUCCUACUUCCAGUAAGAAGUUCAGCAGCCAGGUUCCGAGCACAGUUACAAAACCUGGCCAUGGAGGUGUGGUUCGAGAGGAGUCGCGAACCGAGCGAACGCAGAAACACAAAAGGAUGCUGAAAGAAGUUGUGGCAAAAACCCUCGAGAAUAAUGGAAUCUCAAAGAACCAUAAAUCGUUUGUUUCUUGCAGUCAGCGUCUAUUUAAAAUAUCUUUGUUUUACCUCAAGGAUUUAAAAACAUCACGUGGUCUUCAUGAAGAAAUGAAGAGAGCUGCGAACAGUAAUGUUCGGCAGGUGAUCGACUGGGUGUUGGAAAAAGCCGACAAGAAAUGAAGUCCCAUGUUUGUGCAAGAGCAAGAAAUCCCAAUGAAGCUUGUUUCUAAAUCUGACUCCAUUUGUCUGGAAUUUUAGCACUUGAAAGUAACAUGAUUCUGUCAAAGGAAGUGAUGUGAAGGUGUGCUACACAACUGGUAUCUGUUUAUUCUGAGAAAUAAGAUAAUUAGAUGAUGGUAUAAUUAUAGAAAAUUAAAUACUAUUUUUGUACUCUGUUUUUGUUUUAAAUUUUAAUUUUUUUUAUAAAGUGGAGCUUUGAAUCCAGUUUUUACAGAGUUUGCUAUUUAAAAAUACAUAAUAUUUUCUUUUCAUGAUUAAUUUUAUUGAUGUCAAAACCACAUCCAUCUUCCUGGUUUAGGUAACUACGUAUGACAAGUGUGCUGAAAAAUCCAUGUACUUAGAACUAUUUAGGACAUGAUUAAAUGAUCUGGGUGAAAAAAAGCAGAGCCUUUGAACCGAUGGAAGUUUAUAUGACAAAAUGGAGAAAACCAUAAUCACUUCCUUUUUGAGUUAGAGAAGUUUAUGAAACUUAAGUUUAUGCAAUGUUUAUGUUCUUGCCAAGACCUCAGGAUUCCACAGACAGCUCUUCUCAAAAUCUUAGUCCCAUAUAAGGCAGAGUAAACAUAGGGGGCAGUCACAUUUGUAAUGCUUUAAUGCAGUAAUAUGUUUUUCAAAAAUUCCGUCAAUAAAUAGUUGGGAAUAGCUAGCCUUAUAAUUUUUGCAUGAUUUUUUAUGGUGCUAAAUACAAUCAGUUAGAACUAAAACUGUACGCUUGCUCCAUUUGUGCAGAUCGUUCCUGGUAGUUAGCCUGUAGUUGACUUGGCAAUUGUCGAUGUCUGCUAACUGGUUAUCUUCGAUGCUCUUAUUUUUAUUAUGCCAUUUAACUUGUCCAGCUUUUUAUCAAUGGGUUCUGAUUGAUUCAAUAGAACACGUGUUACAGUGUCUUUUAAUUAUUGAAUUGGAUAUGUUGUAAAGCUGAACAUGUUUGCUGCAAAUGAAGCUCCUGAGUGUAACUACUUAAGGUGAACUUGUACAUAAUGAUUUUCCCAUUGUUGGUUAUACUCCUGUAAUGUAGCAAAUGACUAUACAAAGGAAUAAAGUUUAUGAUC